UCAUUAUAUUUUUUGUUCUUACAAGUGCAAGAAUGGAAAAGGAUAGAGAUGAGUCUUCUGAAAAACAGAGUUUGUGCAUUAAUUCAAAUAAAUUGGACGACAGUGUCAAAGACAAUUUAAUCGAAGAACAACUUAAUGGAUUUGAUACACCAAUUAUUCGUAAAUAUUCGUUUAGACAUAUUUUUCCACAGAUUAUCGUAGGAUGUAUAGCACAUUGCAUUGUCAUUCAAGUUGGAAUAAAUAUGGCUUACAGUACAAUUUUGGAAGAUGGUUUAAAGAAAGAAUUUUCAUUAACAAUCGACCAAAUAUCUUGGAUCGCAAGUUUGGUUACGAUAUCAGUUCCCCUUGGGUCAUUAAUCGUUGGACCAUUGAUGGAUCUAUUUGGACGUAAAAAAAUUUGUUUGAUUUCUUGUAUAAUAAAUAUAGUAUCAUCUAUUAUUUUGGUGCUAGCCAAUUCUGUUACUUUAAUUUAUAUUGCUCGAGUAACUGCUGGUUUUUCAAGUGGACUGUCGUCUGUCAGUAUUGUGUAUAUAUCAGAAAUUACACAUCCACAAAUUAGGCCCAUGUUAUUGUGCUUCAAUUCGGUGUUUGUGUCGCUGGGCAUUUUAAUUACGUAUUGUUUUGGAAUAUGGCUUACUUGGAACCAAAUGGCAAUAGCAUUUAUAUUACUGAAUUCCUGUGUAUUAUUUAUACUAUUAUUCAUUCCUGAAAGUCCAUAUUGGCUUAUGUACUUUGGAAAGAAGGAAUUAACAGGACAUAUAAAUCAAAUUGAAAAUAUAUUAAGAUUAUUAAAUAAAUCCGAAGAAAUGUAUCGAGAAGAGCUUCGGCGUAUCAGUGCAAUUUCAGAGAAGCAACAUACAGAUAAUGAAUUGAAAAGUUCAAUUACCAGAAGACUUUUAUACUUUUAUGAACAAUUAAAACAUCCGACUGUUUAUAAACCUUCAAUAAUUUUAUUUACAUUGUUUUUAAUACAGCAACUUACGGGCUCAUACGUAAUUAUAUUUUAUGCUCUCUCUGUAUUUGAAAAUGUUGGGGGAAAAUUUGGUAAUGGAUUAGAUAAAUAUGGUGCAAUGGUUAUACUUGGUGUUAUUCGAUUUCUUUUGAGCAUCAUCGCAUCUUUAUUCAGCAAAAAAUUUGGCAGACGUACGCUCUGUAUAAUAAGUAGUUUAGGAAUGGCUUUUUCUAUGUUUUUUUCAGGAAUGUAUAUCUAUCUUACGUCUUCCUACGAUGAAAAUGGUAAACUUAAAGAAAUUAUGGUUAAACAAAACUGGGUAAUACUUAUUAUCAUACUUUUUUAUGUGAGUACAAGUUGUUUUGGAUUCACUAUUAUUCCCUGGACAUUAAUUGGUGAAUUGUUACCGAUAUCCGUCAGAGGAGUUCUAGGAGGAAUUAUGAUAUCUAUUGCAUAUAUAAUGAUGUUUGGAAUGAUAAAAGGCUAUGUAUAUAUGAUGGAUGAAAUGGGUGCACAGGGAACAUUUUUCUUUUUCAGCGCUGCUUCAUUUAUAGGUGCUGUUUUUGUAUAUAUUUUUUUACCAGAAACAUUGGGAAAAUCAUUUUCAGAAAUAGAGCAAUAUUUUAGUAAAGAUGGCGAGGAAGAAUUGCCCACCGAAAGAAUUAAUACAUAGCUGUCUAUGC